AUGCCGAGAGGAAAGCUCUGGUGUGGCUUCGUCACCAUCAAAGAGCUCUUUAAAAGAUCUGCAUCGCAGUCACAACCUGAUUCGGUCGGCUCUGAGCAAGAGCGAUCCCAACGAAGAGAAGAUUCACGCCCAAUUCCCACCAGUUCCCCAAACGUGCCAGCGAAUAACCAGCCCAACCCAAGCCCUAGUAGUCUAUCCAAAGACCUCGAUUCAGACCCUUCUGGUCCCCUGCCACCUACACAAAGCUCUCUACCGGAUCGCGGAAAUAAAGGCAAUGCAUCCAACAAUUCUCGUCCCCAUGGGAACUCCUUCACAGACACUCUACAACAUACAGCGACAAUCCCGAUCUCUCGAGCUUCUACAGAUAACCCUCAUCUAAUCAACACUGGGCAGGGGCAGGUGUCUCAGAGAGUUGAUUGCCAUAUAAUCCCUGUCUAUGAUGGGAAAGAGCCUCGGGAACCGCAUGAGUGUAAGGUGGAUUGGGUGGGUUCAAACUACUUCCCCAGCGUCGAUGAAACAGCAGUCAAUCUGCUCAGAGACAGUCACAACGUCCCUGAAACCACGCAACUGUAUCGCAAAUCAGGAAGAUGCCGUCUUAUCAAUGACAACACACAUCAAGUGGAGGAUUCCAGAAUCGUGGAAAACCAGCGACAGUGGGCAGAGGAAAUACCAAAAAUGGUAGCGGCACAUUUGUACAGAAGUAUCUACGACAAAUUUCACCUGGAGAUGCGCUUAGAAUAUUCAGCUCUCUCUAUAAAUCUAGUCAAGGGUGAAAGGUACGCAACCACAGUGCAAAAGGAGGUCCAUGGAAAGCUUGUGACAAAUUGGGAGGACGACAAGUACAUACCACGUCGAGAUCUGGACCAGAUCUACUCUGAAAUUACAAUCAAGACCCUCAUUGACACGGAUCAAUCGCUUGACAAGCUGGCGCUUGCGGCAGACGAGAGAGCAGAAUUCCUCGAAAACAUCAAUCUCAACGCAUCUCGGUUGCUCGCUAUUUGUAUUCACAUCGACAUGCCGCUAGCCUGCUUGUACCAUCUCGUGAAGAAAGGUUACAAAGAUGGAGACCUACCUCUUUCCCGUAAGAAGCAGCAUUGUCCUUGCACGGAAUAUGAAGUUAAAUUUGAAAGCUUCAUGAAAUGGCAGGCAGCCUUCGUCGCGCACAUCUUUGUCAAUGAUGAAGGCGGACCAAAACACAAAUCGCUCCCAGACGACGUUGUUUUGCCCAUCACUUACGACACGGAGAGACCAUCUCUGGGGAAAGGCGGCUUUGGUGAGGUGUACAAGAUUUAUAUUCAUUCUGACCACCAUUACUUCUCUUCAUACAGAAAUGCACCAUUAGCCUUGAAGAGAUUCUUUCAAUAUUCCCACACUCAAGAAGACUUCGGGAAGGAAGAGAAGGUACUAAGUGCGCUAGCAGAAUUUCCGCACGAUCAUAUUACACCGCAUCUCGCGUCGUGGACACAGAAAGGCAUAUUUUAUGUGCUGUUUCCUUGCGCCGAAAUGAAUCUGCACGAGUUCCUGAGGAUGUAUCCUCCUCGUGAUCUCGAUACCGAGUUCGUGAAAUGGCUGUUGUGGCAACUCCGUGGUCUAGCUGACGGGGUUCGCCAUAUUCACAACCUAGGACCAUCUCGACUUGUUCCAGAGCCCCAAAGUCUGUCACCGCCUGGUCUGCGAGCACAACGCAGAAGAUCGGGAUAUCACCAUGAUAUCAAGCCGAAGAACAUUCUCGUCUUCGCGAAAGACAAGGUUGGAGACGGUGAAAGAAAGAUCACUGAUUUCAUCUUCAAGAUUAGUGAUUUCGGUGCUGCCAAGAUCAAUAUCAUCCUGUCCAAGUCGGGCGAGAUCAGUUACCGGACAGAAGCCUUAUCUGCUGGCGAUCCUGCCUACUGUGCGCCUGAUUACGACCUUGUGGGAGAAACGUCACGCCCAUACGAUAUCUGGUCACUUGGCUGCGUAUUCCUAGAAGUUCUGGUCUGGACUUUUGACCUUCGUGGCCAUGAGCUCGUUGACACCUUUGCUUUAGAGCGGGUCCAGAGCUCUGGGUCUCGUGAUGUGGUUGGUCAUUCAUCCGCUUUCUGGCAUCGGAAUGACCGGAACAACAUCGUCCUCAAAUCAACUGUGGUAAAACGUCUAGAGCAGCUUCGAACACACGGUGAAAAACAAGUAAUCUUCAGACACGUCGUGCGAAACAUUGGGAAAAUGCUUACCAUACCACCCCGUGAACGUGUGACGGCGGCAGAGGUCUACAAUGUGCUUGAUGCGGCAUACAUGCAAGCUGAAUAUGACGUUCGGAAACAACCAGACAUUUACCAACAGGGCAUGGAUUGGUACCGGCAGGUAGCCUCGUCACCGACAACGGUCCACGAUGGAGGAUCAAGACGACCAAGUAUUGACCAACGCUCCUUCGGAUCCUUCCACGCUCGUGAGAAUGAAGAGCAUGGUUUUCCCCAAAGUAGCCCACGGAGUCUGAGUUCAUCAAAUCACAGGUCUAGGAAGGGGAAGACAUCGCUCGAACGUGGAUUUAGUACAACAAACUCAGACCUGCUUCAACUAUCUCCAGUGGACACUCAGAACCUACCACCGAGACAGAGCCACUCACGAAGUCCUUCCAUUAUAUCAGUUUCUCACCAUGACGAUCCUCACGCUACUGAGCAGCGCAUCUACGAUGCUGCACAUAAUGAUUUCCAAGAACCAUUUCCUCCUGUGGGAUCUCAUUCAGAUCCUGUCGGACGAGAGGAUUUUAUGACGUUACCCUUUUUGAGUAGAAGGCGUACAGGUGAUUCUCAAAGCAUUUAA